AUGAGAUUCUCUGCCGAAAUGUUGUCACCGUUGCUCCAAGUUGUCCUGGCAUCGUCAAUUGCCGUGCCUGUUCUAGCUCAGAAUAGCCCCAACUCUUCUGUGCCAACCGGAGCUUACCCGUUCUCCGUAUACACUCUGACCGCCGAGAACAUUACCGCCAAAUUCAUCCCCUAUGGCGCUCGCCUAACCUCACUACUGGUUCAGGACCGCAACGGGGACUAUCAAGACAUUGUGGCCGGAUACGACAAUGCCACUCGGUAUCGGACAGAUACAGAGACAAAUCAUACCUACUUUGGCCCUGUUGUUGGCCGGUACGCGAAUCGAAUCAAGAACAGCACAUUUACCUUGAACGGCCAGACCUAUCACAUCCCUGCGAAUGAGAAUGCCGGUGCCGACACUCUACACGGGGGUACCGUUGGCUAUGAUCAACGGAACUGGACUGUGGUUGCCUCUUCGGUCUCGAGCAUUACAUUUAGCUUACUUGAUACUGGCUUUCAGGGCUUUCCAGGCACAGUUUUAACAACUGCCACUUUCACCCUGGACACCUUUCCCAGUGGUCCGCAGGGCGAAAUAAGACCGCGAUUGACGAGCAGCAUGGUGUCCUCGGCGUUGGAUCAGGAGACGCCUAUCAUGUUGGCAAAUCACAUCUACUGGAAUCUCAAUGCUUUCAAACAGGCCACAAUCUUGAAUGAUACUACCUUGUGGAUGCCGUAUGCCGAUCGAUAUAUCGUUGUGGACCCUAUCCUGAUCCCCACAGGUGCUCUGGGCUCUGUCUCGAAUGCGCCUGCCUUGGACUUCCUUUCCCCGAAGCUGAUGGGAGAUGCUGUGAAUAACGCCACGGGAAUCUGCGGCCAGGGUUGCACUGGAAUUGAUAACGCCUUCAUCCUGGACAGACCAGCUAAUGCAGGCCCGACAUCCUCCAAUUACCCGGUGCUUGCAUUGUGGUCGGAAACAACGGGAAUUCAAAUGGACGUGUCGACAAACCAGCAAGGUCUUCAGAUAUAUACUUGCAAUGGCCAGAAUGGUACAAUUCCAGUCAAGCAAAGCCAGCAGCAGCGAAACGGCGGCAUGCAGGGCGCAACCAAAUUUGUGAAUCAGCAUGGCUGCAUUGUGAUUGAAACGCAGGCCUGGAUUGACGGGGUUAACCAUCCUGAAUGGGGCGUCAACGACAUUGAAAUUUUUUCACCCACGACUGGACCGGCAGUGAAUUAUGCGACAUAUGAUUUCUCGACAUUUUGA